ACUGUGAGUGGUGGGGGAGGCUGUCAGUCAGUGCCAGGCAGCUGCCGAGACUCCAGAGAGAGGGAGAUGUCAGAGGCUGAGCAGCUCCCUCCCUUCAGUAGCAUUAGUGGGGUUCAGCAGCCAGCAUGGCCACAGCUGCCUCCAGCCCCUACACCCUGCUCAGCUCGAGUCCCAUGAUUCACCCGGACAGCCAGGCCAUGCAGCCUGCUAGCCCCUAUAGGGGACACCAGAAACUCCUCCAGAGUGACUACCUGCAGACCGUCCAGAGCAACGGGCAUCCCCUCGGGCACCAGUGGGCGAGCAGCCUGUCGGAGGGCAGCCCCUGGUCGGCCUCCAUGGAGCAGCAGGACAUUAAACCAGGCCGAGAGGACCUGCAGCUCGGCAUCAUCCAUCACCGCUCUCCGCACGUAGCGCAUCACUCCCCUCAUCACAACAACCAUGGCAACCACCCCGGAGCCUGGGGAACUCCGGUGUCCCACAACUCCUCUAUCACCAGCGCGCAGCAGAUUAACAUCUACUCCCAGACGGGCUUCACUGUCAACGGCAUGCUGGACCACGGUGGGCUCACACCUCCACCCAACCCGCAGGGCCAAGGCAUGCACCCGGGCCUCAGGGACACGCUCAGCCCCGAGCACAGCGACCUCGGCGGGCACCACUGCCACGACCACUCCGACGAGGAGACGCCGACUUCGGACGAGCUGGAACACUUUGCCAAGCAGUUCAAACAGAGGAGGAUCAAGCUGGGCUUUACGCAGGCGGACGUGGGUUUGGCUCUGGGCACGCUGUACGGUAACGUCUUUUCCCAAACGACCAUCUGCAGGUUCGAGGCUCUGCAGCUGAGCUUUAAAAACAUGUGCAAACUAAAGCCGCUGCUGAAUAAGUGGCUGGAGGAGGCAGACUCGUCCACGGGCAGCUCUAGCAGUAUAGACAAGAUAGCAGCUCAGGGGAGGAAGAGGAAGAAGAGGACGUCGAUCGAGGUCAGCGUGAAGGGAGUUCUGGAGACGCACUUUCUCAAGUGCCCCAAACCCGCCGCGCAGGAGAUCUCCUCGCUGGCGGACUCACUGCAGCUGGAGAAGGAGGUGGUGCGCGUGUGGUUCUGCAACCGGAGGCAGAAGGAGAAGCGCAUGACGCCGCCCGGGGAGCCGCCGCCUCACGAGGGACCCUAUUCUCACAGCGGGAGCGCGGGAGAUGCCUCGUCGUGCCACGAUCUCUGACCGAAGAAGCACCGGGAGGAAUCCCCCGGAAAAAGACUCAAGAGCGCAGGGACGCGCGGAGGGCACCUUCCAGCCUCCGCGCCCGUCCCGGUACAGACUCCUCCAGGUGCCUGCAGCACCGAAACACGACAAUAACAAUAACAGAGAUACCUGUUCAGCCUUCGUCAUUUUCUAACUGUCAUGAGGGCAUUAUUCUAUAGCGGCAUAUCAAAAACGUCACAUUUCACUUUUGGAGCCCGUCGAGUUUUAUUUUUUAUUUUUGUUCUUAUUUUUUUUUCUACAUCACGGAUAUAAAUACAAAAAUGUGCCUAAUAACCUGCCAGCGCCUUUGGUUUGUGUCACCAUUCCACAUCAGCUCUGUAGUAACGAUAAGAUGGGACUGAUGCUUUUAUUUUGACUUUCCUCGCACGCACACACACGCGGCUGUGCUUCUGUUGUACCACGAUCGGCAAAACCAAUAAUAACAACAACAAUAAUAUCACCUUUCUUAAUUGAUCUGUUGCAGCACCAGGGGCCAUUUUACAGUCCACGCCACGCUUCCCUCGGGCUUUACCCGCGACGCUUUAGUUCUCACCGUAUUUACAUCACAUUAUUUUGUAACAUACACGUAGCAAAUCUGUAAUUAUUAUUUCCGCAUAUGCAAAAGUAGGCCCUCGCUCCAGUCGUAGAGGCAUCGCUGCCUAAAACGUAAUAGCACUUGGAGGAUUUGUUUUGUUAAAUUCCUCCCUCAUGGCCUGUAAGCUUAUGAACCCACUCACACACACACACACGCUCUCUCUGCUAUUUAUUAAUACACGUAUUUGAUUUGAAUCACCUUCGACCAUAUAAACUGUGUGGACUCUGAACCAGAGCCGAGAAUAGAAAAAAAAAAAAAAAAGAGGAGGGAGGAUUGACGACGCUAUACACCUGCCUAUAAUUUUAAUGUACGUUCACUAUCAAAAUUUUAUAAUCUUAAAAUACUCCUGUCAUUUGGUUGAUUUCUUAAGUAUUUUUUCCAAUAUUGUACAGUUUUUUAUAUAUAUUACCCUUUUGGAGUCAUUAAUUUAAACAAAUGCUCUUAGUUAUUCAUGCACUUAAUUAGCAAUGUUUUAAGAAAAAAAAGGCAUACAAAUAUAAAAAAAAAAUAUUUUCAGUAAGAUUGAACUGUUUCGGCGGUUUUAUUCCAAAUUUCGAUGACAGCUCAAGUAAUUAUUUAUUUUCAGUAUAAAAGCUUGUAUUAUGUUUUGAAAUAAACUAUGUAUGUUGUAAUAAACCAUUUCUUGCUACAACUGUUCACUGUCUAAAACAGAAUUGAACUUGGAAUGAAAUUUAAAAUUAUUAUUAUUACUAUUAUUAUUAUUAUAGUGAAAGCAAUAAUUAAAAUUAUUUUUAAAUAUUUUUUUUCUUUAUUCAAUAGCGCUUUUAAAUUUUUACAUUAUAUCAAAAUGUCUUUAUUGAACAAUGGUUCGGUUUUAAACUUGUGAUUAAUUGCCAUAAGUUUACACUGACUCUGUGCUCCGUUCCCAUAUUUACACGCACAAGAACAAUAUAUUCUUGAGCAGCAUAACCUUCACGCAGCUUCAAUGUCAUGUCAAGAGGCAACUUUUGCCAAUUUCGCCUGUCACCAACAGCUGUAAAAUAUCCAGCGCUUACAACGGGACCUUGGCUGCAGGUUCUGCAGGCUCUGUACGGAUCACAGCAAAAACUGAGACGCCUUCUCCUGCAGUCCCACUGAAAUGUUAUUGUCCGGGCCCUCUGCCCUCCUCAAUCAGACAUGCGUGAUUUAUCGCCUGGGCCGCUGGGCCUGACAGCAAAACACAAUGACACGCACACACACAUUCAGAGAGACACACACACGCAAUCAGAAGCAGAUGAAUCUCAUUUCAAAGACUACAGCUGUGUAUAAUUGGCCGGGCAAGGGCAAAGUAGGGCUGUGUUCCCUAUAAAAAAAAAAAUAUAUAAUGCCUAAAAAUAAUUUAGGGAUGGUUUGGAAAUAAGUAGGUCUAUAGAUGCAGCACUGCUUAAAUGAUUCAAAAAUAGAUCUGGAGGGGGAGAGGAGGAGAGGCGGAAGGGUGCUAGGCCUUGCCUUGAAAUGGAGAGCCUGACUGGAAUACUAAUGUGUCUGAAUUUAUGCAUCUCCUCAGUCUGCAGCCCUGAGAGGGGGGUGGGGGAGACAGAGAGGGAGGGAGGGAGGGAGAGAAAGAGAAGGGUGUGAGGGUGGAGGUGAAAGGGGGCGGUUAUGUAGAAGAAAAGUAAAACCAUGGCUGAUUGAUUCCAUCCAUCUAUUUUAGUUCAAAAUAAUCCCUGAUUUCUGCAAGGAGGAGGGAGGGGGGGUGGAAGAAGAAAAAAAAAAUGACCCUGAAAGGGAGAGGAGCCAGAAGCCGAGCAAACAAGCAAAGCAAGCCAAGGUCCAAGCAGGCAGCACUGCAGUAUCCUUGAGCCUCUUCCACCUUCAGCUCCCACGUGUUAAAAAAACUUCACCCACACCGUCACCAAAUAUGUCUCUAAAGAGUAACCGAUACCUCGACAUAAAUAACUCACCAGCGUGAAAAAUGAUUGACUUGGGGAAAACGUGCAAAGGGCAGAGAGGGAAACAGAACAGGUGCAAGAUGAAAGCACACUUCACAGGUUUGAAAUGAGGAACUUCAGGUAAUUAUUUAUUUCCCCCCCAAAAAAUACGCUUCAGGUUUGGAUGACUUGGAUGAGGUUUUUUUUUUUUUUUUUUUUUUGCGCUGCGGCAGAAAACUGGAGGGCUGAUGAUCAGACAGGACGGAAGCAGACGUAGUGACGUGCGUGGUCGUAGGUUUGGAGGACGAGCGGAGUUGUUUACUGGCACCUUCUCCAUACUCACAUCUCUGUUCUCUUAUUCUCUUUGAAUUCAUCCUGUAUCCUGUUUCAAAGACUUUGGCGGCAGAAGUGUAAAAACAAUGGUCACCAAAUUCUUCUGAAUAAAUGUUUUUCCAAAGCUUUUAA